CUAUGAAAAUUAUGAUAAUUUAUUAAUUUAAAUACAUAUGCUUUAAUAAUUAAAAUUUGUUUUGAAAUAAAAAAAUUUGAAAUAAAAAAAAGGGCUCGAUUCAACAUAAACUCUAAAAACGAAAAAUGGGCUUCAAAAGAAAACAUUUUGUGGCCCAAUCUAAAACCCCUCCCAAUUGCCUGGAAAGCCCAUAAGUGCAUGCACAUGGACCAGGGACCAGCAAGCAACCGCAGUUGAACAGAGAAUCCAAAAGCCUCACCCACCAUAGCAGGUAGGUAGGCAGCCACACUCAGUCAGAAGCAUUCUGUUUCUGUGGAGGAAAACAGAAGAGGAAGAGUUAAAAAAGAAAAUGGGGGCAAUUACGGCGGCAGUGAUAGCGAUAGCGGGGGUGGUGGUGGGGUGGAUCACCAUCGAGAUCGCGUGCAAGCCUUGCCUUGAGAAAGGUCGUGAAGCCAUCGAUCACUCCCUCAAUCCCGAUUAUGAUCCCGAUGAUGCUCCCACCACUAUUCGCGCUCCUCUCUACCCUAAUCCUAAUCCUUCCCCGGAUCUCCACGAACCCACCCAUAAUCAUCCUAACCCUCCUCUUGUUUCUUCUUCUACUUCUCAUGAUGUCAUCAAGGCCGUCUGAUCCUUCAUCAUCAUCAUCAUGUUAUUGAUACUCCACAUAUCCCUGUAUUUCUUUUCUUUUUUCUUUCUUUUUUUUUUUUUUUUUUUUCUCCGGCCAUAAAUUUCUUUGGUUUUUACCCAAAAUCCAAAUGCCAUGUAAUGGUUGUUACAACAUUUUGUGGUGUUUAUUUUUUUCUUUGUUUAUUUUAUUUUAUUUUAUUUUUUU